AUGGCUUCCUCUUCUUCUUUGUCUCGGACCUGGAGACACCGCGUCUUCGUGAGCUUCCACGGAAAAGAUGUUCGUAAAACAUUUCUUAGUCAUCUACGCAAGCAGUUUGACUACAACGGGAUUUCGAUGUUCGAUGAUCAAGAGAUCCAGAGAAGCCAAACCAUCCCCUUUGCGCUCACACAAGCGAUUAGAGGAUCAAGGAUCUCGAUCGUGGUGCUCUCGGAGAAGUAUGCUUCUUCGAGCUGGUGUUUAAAAGAAUUGGUGGAGAUUUUGGAGUGCAAGAAAGAUAUGGGACAAAUAGUGAUGACCAUCUUCUACGGAGUAGAUCCGUCUGAUGCACGGAAACAAACGGGAGAUUUUGGGAAAAUUUUCAAGAAAACAUGCUCUCGUAAAACAGACGAGGAGAGGCGAACAUGGAGCAAAGCUUUGAACAAGGUUGGCAACAUAGCCGGAGAACACUUCCUAAACUGGGACAAUGAAGCCAAAAUGAUUGAGACGAUUGCCAAAGAUGUUUUAGAUAAACUGAAUGUCUCACCGUCUAGGGAUUUUGAUGGCAUGGUUGGACUUGAGGCUCAUUUGAGGGAAAUGGAGUCUUUGGUAGAUUUAAAUUAUGACGGAGUUAAGAUGGUUGCAAUCUCUGGUCCUGCAGGAAUUGGUAAAACUACCAUUGCCAGAGCUUUAUACAACCGACUCUCUAGCAGUUUUCAGCUCACUUGUUUUGUAGACAACCUUAGGGGAAGCUAUCGUGGUGGUUUUGAUGAGUAUGAUUUGAAGCUGCGUUUACAAGAACAGUUUCUUUCAAAGGUUUUGAACCACAAUGAUUUGAGGAUAUGCCAUUUAGGUGCAAUAGAAGAAAAUCUAUGCGACCAGAAAGUGCUUCUCAUUCUUGAUGAUGUGAACAAACUUGAGCAAUUAGAGGCCUUGGCUAAUGAAACUACAUGGUUUGGUCCUGGAAGUAGGAUUGUAGUAACUACUGAAAACAAAGAGCUUUUGCAACAACAUGGUAUCAACAAUACCUACCAUGUGGGGUUUCCAACUUACGAACAAGCUAUCAAGAUCUUAUGUAGAUAUGCUUUCAGAAAAAGCUAUCCACAUGAUGGUUUUGAAAAGCUUGUUGAAAGAGUAACAGAGCUUUGUGAGGAAGACGAAUGGGAAGAUGUAAUAAACAGGCUGGAAACUAUUCUUGAUCAAGAUAUUGAGGACGUACUAAGAGUCGGGUAUGACAGUUUAGAUGAGAACGAGCAAACGCUAUUUCUCCACAUUGCAGUCUUCUUCAACUAUCGAGGUGGUGAUCUUGUGAAAGCUAUGUUUUCUGCCGAUAACUUGGAUGUCAAAUGCGGUUUGAAGAUCCUACUCUAUAGAUCUCUGAUAGAGAUAUCUGCAGGUGGGGAAAGAAUAGAGAUGCACAUAUUACUACAACAAAUGGCUAGAAAAGUCAUUCGUAAACAAGAGCCUUGGAAACGCCAAAUCUUAAUAGAUGCUCAUGAGAUUUGUGAUGUGCUCGAAAAUGAAACAGGUAUUACUAGUGUUGUGUCCGGCAUAUCAUUUGAUAUAUCAGGAAUCAAUGAAGUGGUCGUAAGCAAGAGAGCUUUGAAAAGAAUGUCUAAUCUUCAGUUUCUCAGUGUCUACAAAAGCAGAGAUGAUGGGAAUGAUAGAAUGUAUAUACCUGAGGAGAUGGAGUUUCCGCGUCGGCUAAGGUUACUACACUGGGAGACGUACCCAAACAAAUGUCUUCCCCCUGCAUUUCAUCCUGAAUAUUACAUUGAACUCGAUAUGCGGCAUAGCAAGCUCGAGUACCUCUGGCAAGGAACCCUGCCGCUAACAAAUCUCAAGAAGAUGAAAUUGUUUGGGUCGAAGAAUCUGAAAGAACACCCGGAUUUUUCUAAUGCUACAAAUCUGGAGGAAUUGGACAUGAAUCAUUGA